GAUAGCAAACUUUUAUUUGGGACCAAAAAUUUCUGUAUUUCAUGCCGACAAGUUGGACAGGUUGUUCCAGUAACGGAUGUAAGCUAAUUCGGUAAAAUAAAUGCUGACAUGGAUUUACUUUAAUAGUAGACUUUCGGUUCAUAGUGUGUUGAAAAUUAAUACAACGACCUUUCAAUUUCAUUAUUAUUGUAGAAUGUGCUCCAGUACAGGAUUCGGAUGAUAUUGAAAGCUCAUCAGGAGAAAGUGGUGAUAAUGAAGUUGAAGACAAAGAAAGAAUUUUGCUAAAGACAGUAACUAAUGAGAAAGCAACUAGUAAUGCCAAAGGGGUGCAUUUUAAGGAAGCAAUUGAAGCUUUUGAAAAAAAAAAUAAAAAUAUGGAUCCAACUGAAAUAACAAAUGCAGAAACUGCAGUAGAUAAAGCAAUAGAAGCGCUUGCCGAACAACAAGCUCAAGCAUUAAACAAAAACUUAAAAAUCAUUGAAGGAGACAUCAUUGAAAAUGAACAUUUAAGAAAACUUAUGAGAAAUGCUACAUAUAAACGAGGCAUACAAAAGGGUAGAAAAUGGAACCUUCUGAUACCAUAUGAAUUACCUAAUAUAAUUACUGGGGAGGUUGGUAUGUUUGAACAAGCAAUAAAUGAAGCCAUAAGAGAAAUAAGCAGUAAAAGUUGUCUUAAAUUUAUAAAAAGAUUAAAUAAUGGAGGAUCAAGAAAUAACAAAGAUUAUGAUGGAACCCCUGAACCAUAUUUGAAGUUUAUGCAAGGCCAAGGUUGUUACUCCUAUGCUGGAAAACAAAUCAUCUUCACCUUUAGACUGAAAACAGGUGUUACAGAAAGAAGUCAACCAGUUUCUAUUGGACAUGGUUGUGAAUUCAAAGGUACUGUCCUUCAUGAAAUUAUGCAUGCACUUGGAUUUCUUCAUGAACAUACUCGAAGAGAUAGAGAUAAUUAUAUCAAAAUUAACUGGAAUAAUAUUGAAGAUGCUGAAAAAAAAAAUUUUAAUAUGUAUAAUCACGGCCAAGCUGAGACUUUUGGAUUUGGAUACGAUCUAGAUUCAGUAAUGCAUUAUGGUGCAAACUAUUUUUCAAAAAAUGGGCAAAAUACAAUAGAUGUUAUUAAUGAUCCAAACAAGUCGAUUGGUGACAGAUGGCAGUUGAGUACAAUUGAUAAAUUGCAGUUAAAUCGAUUAUAUUGUACUGAGGAAAGCAUUUCAAAACACAAUGAUAUGGUUAAAAAGAGCAUGAAAGUUGUAAGCAAAAACGUUUAUGCACCUGCUGAGGCUAAGAUUAAAGAGGGCAAAUUUUCAUGCUAAGCAGUGAAGUUUGUUUAAUCUAGUUACGUAUAUUUAUGCUUUAUUGCAACAUUGGGCGAAAUAUUUACAUAACGAUAUGUCACAUAUUUAUAUAUAAACGUAAAGCAUAGCCUACAUGCCACAUAUUUAUACAUAAACGUGUAAUAUUUAGACUAUGUAAUUUUUAUUGAUUAAAUAUGCGUAAAGCGCAGACUAUAGAAAAA